AUGACGAAAGGUGAACGGACCCGGCAGUUGAUCAUUGAAAAAGCCGCGCCGUUAUUUAAUAAAAACGGCUAUGCUGGUACCAGUCUUUCAGAUAUCAUGAAAGCAACAGGGCUGGCAAAGGGAGGAUUAUACGGCAACUUCCGGAACAAGGAUGAGAUCGCAGCAACGACUUUUGAAUAUGCCUAUUCCAAGGUAAAGACAGCGAUUCUAAUGAAGAUUUGUAACUGCACAACCAGUCUUGAAAAGUUGGUUGCCAUUCUUCAGUUCUACCGGGGUUAUAUUACCAAUCCACCCAUCGAAGGAGGCUGUCCACUGCUCAAUACAAGCGUUGAAGCGGAUGACUCAUUUCCAUUCCUUAAAACCAGGGCAAGGGCGGCGCAAAAUGAAAUGUUGAAUUCGCUGGUUCAAAUCUUCCAGGCUGGUAAAAGAGAUGGUGAAUUUAUCGGCAAUGUGCAGCCACAGAAAGAAGCUGAAAACAUGUAUGCACUGAUUGAAGGGGGAAUUGUGAUGGCAAAGAUCAACGAUAACCCCGCUAUCCUGCACCGUAUCCUCGACCGUAUCCGUGAACACAUAGAAGACGACCUCGCCAUGUAA